AUGUCUCAACAAUUAUCUCAACAAAACGGUCAACACUCCCAACAACAACAACAAAAUUAUUAUUAUGAUGGACAAUUUCAACGUCCCCAGCAAGUUUAUGCACGACAACAACUUCAACGAAUUAAUGAUCCGAAUCAGCAAACUCUUAUUCAAAACCUUGAUCAAGGAAUUAUUGUUUUCGAUAAUUUAUUACCAUUUCAAAAAAUGACUAAUGACGGCAACAAUAACAACUUUCUUGCAUCAUCACCAUCUUUAAUUAAUAAUCCAAAUUUUAAUAAUGAUCGCAAUUUAAAUUUAAAUGUUUCUUCAUUCAAUUAUGGAAGCAUUCACAUGAGCAACAAUGAGGACCCUUUAAUUGCGGCUAUUUCUCAUCAUAUGCUAAUGAUUAAAGAAUGUAGGACGAAGCUUGAUCAACAUUACUUUGAAUUAGAACAAAAUUUCAAAAGGUUAAGGUCUAGAGACAACUAA